CUGGUGGCACUGUAGAGGAGCUUGUGCGAACCCGUCAGAAACGACUAAACCACUGAGCUUCAUAGCAAUGGCGUCCGAAGAAACAUGUCAACAAAGUUUGGACUUGUCAAGUCCCAAAAAGAAGGCAAAACAGACGCAUGUGUGGAUGGACGGAUGUUUUGAUAUGGUUCACUUCGGCCAUGCCAAUGCAUUGAGACAGGGCAAGCAGUUUGGAGAUGUGUUAAUGGUUGGCGUUCACUCUGAUGAGGAGAUUGCCAAACACAAAGGUCCCCCUGUGUUUAAUGAACAGGAAAGGUACAAGAUUGUGCGGGGCAUCAAGUGGGUGGAUGAGGUUAUUGAGAACGCCCCCUAUGUGACCACGCUAGAGACACUGAGUGAAUACGACUGUGACUUCUGUGUUCAUGGAGAUGAUAUCACCACAACGGCUGAUGGCGAGGACACAUAUCAACUCGUCAAGGAUGCCAAGAAAUACAAAGAGUGCAAGCGAACAGAAGGAGUUUCAACCACAGACCUGGUUGGAAGGAUGUUGUUGGUAACAAAGACCCACCAUCAGCCAGACGAGGGAGAGGCCGUGGCAUCCUCCCAUGUCGGGACAAUCAGCUCUGAUAUUGCCAGUGAUUCCUCAUCUCACAGUCCAUGGACCGGAGUGUCCCAGUUCCUCCCCACCUCCAGGAAGAUCAUUCAGUUCGCUGGGGGCAAGGAACCGGCCCCUGGGGAUAAGAUUGUCUAUGUAGCUGGAGCCUAUGAUCUCUUCCAUGUCGGCCAUCUUGAUUUCCUAGAGAAAGCUGCUGCAGAAGGCAACUUCGUGAUUGUGGGACUCCACACAGACCCUAUAGUGAACAGAUACAAGGGUUCCAACUACCCGAUAAUGAACCUACAUGAGAGGACACUCAGUGUCCUGGCCUGCAAGUACGUGUCGGAGGUUGUGAUAGGAGCACCCUAUGCAGUCACCAAGGAUCUCAUGAAUCACUUCAAGGUGGACAUGGUGUGCCACGGUAUGACGCCAAUCAUGCCAGACAUCGAUGGAUCUGAUCCCUUUGCAGAACCUAAGAGGCAGGGAAAGUUUAAGCUGAUAGAGAGCGGGAAUGAACUAACAACACAGAUGAUCAUUGAACGAAUCAUCAAACAUAGACUAGAGUAUGAAUCACGCAAUAAGAAGAAGGAAGAAAAGGAAAGGAAAAUCUAUGAACACAUAAAGAACACGAAGAACGCCAGUGGAUGAUGCAGCCAGCCACUGUUCUCCAUCUUGCCUCUGUAUUUAGCAUAAUGAUCACAUGUCCUAUUUGCAACACAACCACUUGUCACUGGGGGAUAUAUGAGGGUUUCCUGUGAGUUGUGUUUAUAAGAUGACCAAACUUUGUGUUCGACAUUAUAUAUAUUUCAUUGGGGGAUUUUAUUCUGAGGGGAUCUUGCAAAUACAUGAAUUUUCCAAGGAAUGUGUUCCCUCAAGUUUAUUUUCAAAGUUGUUUGGUUUUAUGUAUUCCAUGUAGUAAUCCCCAUAAUAUUUUGAAGAAUAAGACAGAGUUGUGUAAACUUCACUCUGUUUUCUUUGUUUUAACAUAGAUAUCAUGAAUAUGGCAUACCGUAAUCGACGUAAUAAGCGCCCAGGUGCUCUCAAAAUUAGAAAUAGGGUGUUAUUUUGGUGAA